UCAGUCUGCAUAGUCUCGAGUCAGUCCCACUGAACUCACUGGAUUUACUUCUGAGUAAAUAUGCCAAAGAGCAGGCUGCAGAAAGCUUAUUUGUGGCACUCUGAAUUGCAAUUGAUUUACUAACUCAGACUUAUAAAUCUCUGCGUAUGGAGGAAGUCUUGACCAUAUGGUAGCAGUGAGCAGCUGUACUAACUAUUCUUCAGUAUGGUUAUGAUCCCAACACCAGCUCAGUCAAUAAUAGAAAAGGGGUGGAGAGAGGAAACGGAGCGUUUGUGUGGUGCAUGCAUUUUUCUCUGCAGCAUCCAAGCUGUCUCAUAUCUUACUAGAAGCAACCGUUCCUAUGCUUCACAGAAUACUGUGGACAAAGCAUUACCCAUGGGUGACUAAAAAAAGGACUACUUUGGCUUGGACAGCUCUCUCUCUCCUGUCAAAUCCUCUUGCUACAGAAUUUUUUAAAGCCCCGUGUGCAUUCAUCAAAAGAAUGAACAGAUAAGCUCCAAACUGCAUUUUCUACCACAGAAACUAAUCUGGAGAGUGAAGCAUGGAUAAACUUAAUGGUACUAUACCUGGCAUCGACCACAAUAUUUCCUUACUCCUGUGUCAGCUCGAUUUUGAAAAUUAUACAUUUUACUGCACAGAUCAUCGUCAGCCUUAUAGAGAUUUGGGGCAGACGGUUCGGAUUAUUUUGUAUUCCCUGAUCUUUUUGCUCAGUGUCCUGGGGAACACCCUGGUAAUGAUUGUGUUGAUCCGAAACAAGAGAAUGAGGACUGUCACAAACAUCUUCCUGCUGUCGCUGGCCAUCAGUGAUCUCAUGCUUUGCUUCUUCUGCAUGCCCUUCACCCUCAUUCCCAAUCUCCUGCAGGAUUUCAUUUUUGGAAGUGCUUUCUGUAAAAUUACCAGCUACUUCAUGGGAGUCUCUGUCAGUGUAUCAACAUUCAGCCUAUUUGCAAUAUCUUUGGAAAGAUACAGUGCUAUUUGCAAACCACUACAAUCUCGGGUCUGGCAGACCAAAUCACAUGCCUUGAAGGUGAUUGCUCUGACCUGGUGCGUCUCCUUUGCCAUCAUGACACCAUAUCCAGUUUACAGCAAUCUGGUGUCAUUUACAAAACAUCACAACCGCACAGCCAACAUGUGUCGAUUCAAUUGGCCGAGCGAUACGAUGCAGAGAUCUUGGUACAUCUUCCAGCUGCUCAUUCUUUUCCUUAUCCCAGGGAUUGUAAUGAUGAUUGCGUAUGGUUUAAUCUCCUUGGAGCUGUACAGAGGAAUCAAAUUUGAUGUCAGCCAGAGAAAGUCUUCACGAGAGAGGAAGACAAGCACCACCAGUACCAAAUAUGAAGACAGUGAUGGAUGCUAUCUGCAGAAAAACAAGAAGAAGAAGGUGCCGCUUCGACAGCUUUCGGUAAAUAGUUGCAGCACCAAAACAGAGCGUCCUAGGAGCAGCUGCUCCACUGCUAACUUGAUGGCCAAGAAGCUGGUCAUCCGCAUGCUGAUUGUGAUUGUGAUCUUGUUCUUCAUAUGCUGGACUCCCAUUUUCAGUGUCAAUACCUGGCGUGCCUUUGACAAGGAAUCAGCACAGCUGCUUCUUACAGGAGCACCCAUCUCUUUCAUCCAUUUGCUCUCCUAUACCUCUGCCUGUGUGAACCCCAUUAUCUACUGCUUCAUGAACAAACGCUUCCGCAUGGGUUUUCUGGCGACUUUCACUUGCUGUGCUAAGCGAAAUCGUCCGGUGGUUAGAGCGGAGAUGGCAGAGGAUGAGGAUGGGAAGACUACUGGGGCGUCACUUUCCAGGUAUUCGUACACGCACAUGAAUGUGUCCGCUCCUCCAUGGAUCUGACUGGCAUGAAAUGGGAGGAAAUUAUGAAUUUUUUUCCCUCCUGCAAUUGCUUCAACAUGACAAAUCCAUCUAACACAGUGGUUCUCAACCUGUGGGUCCCCAAGUGUUUUGGCCUACAACUCCCAGAAAUCCCAGCCAGUUUACCAACUGUUAGAAUUUCUAAGAAUUGAAGAUCAAAACAUCUGGAGACCCACAGGUUGAGAACCACUGAUCUAACAUAUCUUUGCAUAAACAUGCUUGAAAAACGUUGAUGUUAUGUAGGAGUAGAAGAUGAACCAAACAAGAAUUUAUCAAAAUUCCCCAGCUUUGAAUUUUGAAGAAUACAGAAGAUAUCUCAGGUAGAAAAGAUAAGUGUAAACUAGAUCGCCCUUGGGUUCUAUAGUACGUCUAAACAAGCAACUCAAAAUCUUACAACACAGUCGAAAAAAUAAGUCUUGUCUUGAUUUUUAGGCCUGUUCCUGGGGUUAUUUGGGGUGCUGAUUCAGAAAAUUGCACUGGAUAGACUACAUCAGCUCUAGCUUCAUAUGUAUGGUGAUUAUCGUUUUCUAUGGGUGAGCAGGGGUGAGCAGUAGAUGGCAUAUGUUCUAUAUCUCAAAAAUUAAAAUGGAUAGAGGGAAACUGGUGCCAUUUUUAGAAUUACCAGGUGAAAUACAGUAGAGUCUCGCAUAUUCAAACUUUGCUUAUCCAACGUUCUGGAUUAUCCAACGCAUUUUUGCAGUCAAUGUUUUCAAUACAUCGUGAUAUUUUGGUGCCAAAUUCAUAAAUACAGUAAUUACUACGUAGCAUUACUGCGUAUUGAACUACUUUUUCUGUCAAAUUUGUUAUCUAACACGAUGUUUUGGUGCUUAAUUUGUAAAAUCAUAACCUAAUUUGGUGUUUAAUAGGCUUCUCCUUAAUCUCUCCUUAUUAUCCAACAUAUUCGCUUAUCCAAUGUUCUGCCGGCCCGUUUGUGUUGGAUAAGUGAGACUCUACUGUAUACCCCAAAACAGGUCUAACGUAUUAGUACAUGCUCUCCAUAACAAGUAACUUCAGUUUUCUAGAUCAGUGAUUUUCAGCCUGUGGGUCUCCAGAUGUUUUGGCCUUCAACAACCAGAAAUCCUAACAGAAGGUAAACUGGCUGGGAUUUCUGGGAGUUGUAGGCCAAAAUACCUGGGGACCCACAGGUUGAUACCACUGUUCUAGAUCAACAUCUAUAGGUUCUCCAAAGCAAAGGCUUAUAUAUCUCAACGUCUGAAUAGUCACAUUCAAAAUCCCACAUCCUCCAACACACAACUAGGAUUAAACAUAAAAAAUCAUGGGUUUUGGUUUUCGUUAGUCGUUUUUCCCCCUUUGUUUUGUUUUUCAUAGCUAUUUUGUCUGCUAGGUUUCAGUGCCCUGAAAUUAUCAGUAUGAAAGAUAAGAACACCUUGGUGUUAAUCAUAAGUCAAUGUUGAUUGGUCUAACCACUGUCAAGCCUACUUCUUUAAAAGAAGAAGAAUGAUUAAUUAUUUUCCUUUUUCAACAAUUCAUCAAUUAGUGUCGGUUUCAAGGUAGGUGCACUCUGAUAAUGCUGAAGGAAAUGGCAAGUCAGAAUUAGUAAACAAAAACUCAUUAGGUGGAAAAAGCAAUCAUUCAUAUUUCUUAUCACAGUUGCACAUCAGAGCAAACAGCUCCAAAAUGCACUUGCACUCGCUCUGGAGAAUCACAGAAUAAACCAGUUGUUCUCAACCUGUGGGUCCCCAAAUGUUUUGGGGAUUUCCCAGAAAUCCUAACAACUGGUAAACUGGCUGGAAUUUCUGGGAGUUGUAGGCCAAAACACCUGGGGACCCACAGACUGAGAUCCACUGGAGUAAACCAAGGCAUUUUGCUGCCUGAGGCACAGCUGGAAAUACCACUUCUAUUUGUUCAUGGCUAACUAUAUUUAAGUCUGUCAUGGUAUUUUGUUCCCCAAGACAGAAUAGAGUAAGUUCUUUUAUGAAACCUUUUAUGAAGCCAGUAACCCAACUAUGUCCAGUGGCCAGUUCCAGUUACACUGUUUACAUAUAUAAAACAAGGAUCCAUCAUAUUUGCAUAAAUUUACAUUUUCCACCCAAGCAUCCCAGCCACCAUAAGACAAUUCUAUGAGAGCUAUAUUUUGUGUAUUUUUAAUGGCUGCUGAAAAUUCUAUUUUCUAUGUAAGCCAUUUGUAUUGUUUCAUGGAAAUAAUUCAGUAUUAUUACUCAUUUCUGUCAUUUCAGUGUAAGUCGGGAUUCUUACCAUUAACACUUCAGUAAUGCAUUGCUUUCAAAUUAUUUCCUCCACACCACCUCAAAGAUCAAAAAAGAUUUCCAACCCCUCAAAAAAUCCACAAAAUAAUGUGCAAAAAUAAUGAGCAAUGCUAUUUGUAACUCAAAAUGUUUGCACUCUUAUGCAAUGCAGAACAAAUCAUCACUACUCCCUAGAAGUGACAAGUAGCACUCUGACAUUUAAUGGAUUAUUUCAAAGUUCUCAGAAUAUAAUGUCUGUAGAAACCUCUUAGCAGAGCUAUAAAUGAACAUACAAUGUUUUGUCUAUAUGUCAUUGGUUGACAACUGUCACUCUCCAGAUGUGUUUGGAUUGGAACAGUCGUAAUCCAUCAUAACUGACUGUAUUAACUCCAGAAGCAACUCAAGUUGCUCCUGAUACAGAAAAAAAAGCUAAUCAGAAGCUAUGGGCCUAAAAUAAUACUGGGGACUAAGCUACCCACCAUUGCUCUCUUAAUAGGACUGAAUGAGCACUACUACCUGGAAAUGCAAAGGAAUUUAAGGUUUUCUUUAAACCCACCUAAAUAAAAGAGAAAUAGGUUAUUGGUGAAAGCUGAGAUGAAAGCAAACCUUGUUGGAUAUUGUAGAUAUAAAUAAAUAGAAGCUUUACCACAGCUUCUGAACCAAAGUUUAUCCUGCAGUGUAAUAACAUGCCACUUCAGUUCAAUAGGUCAAACAGAGCAACAAUAUAUACAGUAGUCUCUCUGGUUUCUUACAGAGAACAGAGGGAAUAAACAGUCCUUUUAAAACAGUCUUUAAAUAUGUCUCAUUGCCUUAGAAAUGAUCAGGCUUCAGAGAGUCGGCAGCCAUUAAUUUCCUAGCUGUUACCUCUUCGCUCUCUGAGGAAAAAUGCCUGUUCAAACCAUUUCUCUCAGCAGCAAGCCAGAGACAUUAGCCAAUCAGAAUGUUGGCUCCUGUCACGCUUAGCCAAUCAGCUGCUGACACAUGUCUUUCCAGUCAACCCAUUACAUCAUGGUGCCUUUUACAGAUCCCCACAAGCCUGACUAGACUUAAGACAAAAUAAGACUGAAUGAGAACAUUUCUUUUUUAAAAUGAUAAUCAUCAUCAUCAUCAUCAUCAUCUUUCUAUUCUUUCUAAUAAUCAUCACCAUCUUCCUGAAGGAACUCGAAGCAGCUUACAAGGCACUCCAGGUGCACAUAUAACAUACAACAGGUAAAAAUGGUAUAAAAGUAUAAAACGAGUCACAUAACAGUAGAUAACUGCUGUCAAUUCACAAAGUACCAAAUGUCAGCUUCAUAUGGGCCAUUUCAGCCUAUGUAGAGUAUCUGGGGAAAUAAGAAAGUGGCAAGGAUUCUGAAAACAUCUUCCCUCCAUGGCAUCAAAAUCUUGCUCUAGGUAUUGCUCCCAUGUGUGAGUGUAUAUGACUUCAAGUCUCCUGUAAACCUAUAAUUUGAAUUUCAUAGGGUUGUCUUAGGCAUGAAAAACUCCAAUGUGGUUUGCCAUUACUUUCUCUGAAAUAUAACCCAUUACACCUGGUAUUUUUGGUGGUUUCCAAUCCAAGUACUAACUCUGAUUAAAUUCCAAGAUCAAACAAGUCCAGGUACCUUCAGGGUGUUUAGCCGUAUUUAUUGUGUCAGAAGCAAAAUGAGGGUACAGUUACAAUGUAUUUAAAAACAUAAAGUUAAAAACUUGGCAUUAUACUAGAUUUCCUUUGACCAGAAGCUGGCCGCUUGGAGUGCCUCUGGUGUUGCUGUGAAGUGAUCCUCCAUUGUGCAUGUGGCAGGGCUCAGGUUGCAUUGUAGUAAGUGGCCUGUGGUUUGCUCUUCUCCACACUCACAUAUUGUGAACUACACUUCGAAGCCCCAUUUCUUAGGAUUAGCUCUGCAUCUCAUGGUGCCAAACUGGUAAACUGGCUGGGAUUUUUGGGAGUUUGUAGGCCUAAACACUUGGGGACCCACAGGUUGAGAAGCAUUGAUUUAAGGCUUUGGCUUGCUGACUGAUAUCUGAACAGAAGAUGGACCGGAGAUGUCAUUGCCUUGGUCCUUUCAUUAUUGGCUGCUACUUCCCGACGGAUGUCAGGUGUUGCAAUAAUGGCUAAAUAGUAUAAUUUCUUCAGUGUUUAGCCACAAAGGAAAGGAAUUUUAGCUGUUGCUUCUCACCUUAUUGGAUUAUUGGGAACAGGUUGUUUGGUUGUGACUGCUUAUUUUCUUUUUGCUAGUUCCUGUUCAAAUCUUGGGUCUGAAAGUUUCCGUCAAAGAAAAUCCAUGGGUAUCUAAGAUCUCUUGCCAUUAGUUACUUGGAUGAAACUAAAUAGGGAGGCCUUAGUCUAUGCUGAUUUCUACUACAGGUGCAAAAGAGUUGUUAAUCUAUAUUAAUGCUAAUGAGUACCAAUUUACAAUGGGGAAACAGUGAAGGUUCUGUGUGUUGUUGAAGGCUUUCAUGGCCAGGAUCACAGGGUUGUUGUAUGUCUUUCGGGCUGUGUGGCCAAGUUCCAGAAGUAUUCUCUCCUGACAUUUCACCCACAUCUAUGGCAGGCAUCCUCAGAGGCUGUGAGGCAAGGAUAAACUAGGCAAGGAAAGGAAUAUAUAUAUAUAUAUAUAUAUAUAUAUAUAUAUAUAUAUAUAUAUAUAUCUGUGGAGAGUCCAGGGUGUGGCAAGAGUCCUUUGUCACUGGGAAACCAGCAUUAAUGUUUCAGUUAAUCACCCUGAUUAGCACUGGAAAGGUUUUCUGAGGAUGCCUGCCAUAGAUGUGGGCGAAACGUCAGGAGAGAAUACUUCUGGAACAUGGCCACACAGCCCGAAAGACAUACAACAACCCAGUGAAGCUUCUGUUGGCCAGUUCAAAGGGGUGGCCUUUGUAAAACCAAGGUAAGCUACUCUUAGUAAACAUGGUGAGCUAGAGUAUAUUGAAACAAAAGCAAAAGCAUGACAACAGUCAUUGUGUUCUUUCCCCUAAAGUCUUACAUUGACUUUUUUGUUUUUUGUUUGAUGACUUGAAUUAUAGUGUUCUGUGGAUGUCUCAUAAAAAUGAGUGAAUGAAGGGAUCAUCAUCCUUUGUUCACUCAUUUUGUGGGACAUCCCCAGAAAGCUGCAAAUAAAACUAUAUAUGUUUGUGUGUGUGUGUGUGUGUGUGUGUGUGUGUGUGAUGCAGAGCACAAAAUUUCCAACAAAUACAAUGUAAUCAGUUGAUCUCCUUUAAGGCAAGAAAAAAUGCAAAGAGGGCCUCUGCCAACUUGCUCCCUGGAGCAGCAAGGAGGAUAUAAAAAGAAGGGCUGAAACUCUAUGGAGAGGGAGAUGGGGGGUGACGGUGGGGGAAGAUAAGGGGGUCUACAUUAAUUGCUGCAAUAACAUGUUUCAUGCAUAUGUCUAUGUUUGAUGUUUUUAUAGUUUUAAUGGUUUAAUCCACAGUUAUAUGUUUUUGAUUUAGAUAUGUGAUAUAUUUUUAUACAUAUGUGAGGCAUUGAAUUUUGCCAUUUAUUAUGUUGUAAACUGCUUCAAACCCAUUUUAGAAAAAUUCAGAGUUUAUGACCCAUAAUUUUAAAACUAUUUUAAUGUAAUUCAAGUCAUUGAAUCUGAAACCAUCUGGGUUGUCUUUUUGGACCUCUGAAAGACAGCUUUAAUAUCAUGGGUCGCAAAGCAAAACCCUGAAUUUUUCCAAAAUGGUUUUGAUGCCUGGCUUAAACGAUGGCAUGAAUGUGUACAAAUUGAUGAUGACUAUGUUGAAUGGUAGUCUGGUGUAGAGGAAGUUCAGACUAUGAUCUGUAGCAACUUCUGCUGUUAUAUGUUCAUUCAUAACGUUUUUAUGACACAGGAGGCAAAACUUUUUGACCCACCCGUGUGUGUAUAUAUGUGUGUGUGUAGGGAGGGAGAGGGAGAGAGAGAGGGUAUAUAUUGGAUUGUGAAUAGUGUUAUAACUCCAUGGGGAAAACAUAUGCAGAUACAUUUCUUGCCUCAAUAUAAAUGAAUUGAUUGCAUCGUAUUACAGUUUGGAGCUUUUACUAGGUGUGCUGUAUCAGUCAUUGUCUUUCAUUAUUUUAUCUGUGGCUCUUCCAUCUUCUCUCAAACAGCAGAAAAUUCUAUCUUUUUUUUUCCAAAAAAAGAACUGCCGUGUUGUGUAAUCAUCCCAGUCAUGAAGAUUCAUCUAUCCCUUUAAAAUGGUGGGAACUGAAAUGAUUGGUAUCUUAUAGGAAAAGUUAACCUGUUACAGGGCAACAUAUAUUGAUUGAAAUCAUCAGCUGGGCUGAGGUGGCACAAUGGGUUAAACCCUUGUGCCGGCUGAACUGCUGAGCUGAAGGUUGGUGGUUUGAAUCCGCGAGACGGAGUGAGCUCCCAUCUGUUCUGAUGCGGGGACAUGAGAGAAGCCUCCCAGCAGGAUGGUAACACAUCCGGGCAUCCCCUGGACAACGUCUUCGUAGACGGCCGAUUCUCUCGCACCAGAAGUGACUUGCAAUAUGUUCUCAAUUCACUUCUGACAGAAUAAAAAAUAAUAAUAAUCUGGAUAGCCUUUUAUAAGGCUUUGUUUUAUUUUAAGUGAGCUUUUAUUUUGCAUUUAAACACUUGUACAUGGCUAUUAGUGGAUCUAGUCUAAAUGUAUGACAUCUGCAAUCCAAUGCAACUGAGUUCGCAAUCACAAUAAGCCAUUAAUUUAAAAUGGCUUUGAAGAAGAGAUGGGAAAAUUCAUGGAGUUAAGAUCUACAACAGCUGUUAGCAGUGCUGUUGGGAGAUACUAUAGCUUGAAGCAGAUUUGGAGGGGGUGUUGAGGAAGAAAGAGGAAUUGCUGAAGACUGCAACCUUCUCUUCCACAAAUAGAAACCUUCCAUUGACAGAAGUAAAUGAUAUGGAUUUCAUCCAAUUAGUUUAGAGUUAGUACUAUUCUAUUAUAGCAAAGGUAAAGGUAAAGGCUUUCCCCUGACAUUAAAUCUAGUAGUGUCCGACUCUGAGGGUUGGUGCUCAUCUCCAUUUUUAAGAUGAAAAACCGGCAUUGUCCAUAGACACCUCCAGGGUCAUGUGGCCGGCAUGACUGCAUGGAACGCCGUUACCUUCCCGCCAGAGCAGUACCUAUUGAUCUACUCACAUUUGCAUGUUUUCGAACUGCUAGGUUGGCAGAAGCUGGGGUGAACAGCGGGAGCUCACCCGGUUCCCCUGAUUCAAACCAACGACCUUUCAGUCAGCAAGUUCAGCAGCUCAGUGGUUUAACCCACUGCGCCACCGGGGGCUCCAAUCUGUUCUAGCACCAAUUUAUUUAUUAAUUCCCCACCUUUCCUCAGCCCCGGAUUCUAGGUGGCUUACAAAAAUUAAAACAGGUACAACUAAAUGUACACUUCAUGGAGACGGUAAUAGACAAUAAAAUUACGUAUAGAAUGAAAAGCAUACCUAUUUUAAAAGAAAAGCAAAACAAAAUAAUAUAUUACUUUCCAUAUGAUCAGUGAGUUCUCAAAGACCUGCUGAAACAAACAAAAAUUUGUUGCCUGACUAGGAAAGUUCCUAUAGAUCCAAUCAAGCUUACUAAAGUUGGACCACAAUUGGCAUAAUGGCCAACAUGCUCCAAACUAUAGCACAAAUUAUGCAAGAAAAAGGAAAUAAAGAAAGAAUAUGAAUCAUUAAAAUCAAGAUAUAUUGUACCUUCCUCCCAUACUACUCACACAAUAUACAAGGAGACAGCCUGUUCUUUUACUAUGUAGAUUAGUAAUAUGUGUCUCUUACUAUACAAAUGUACAAUCAGCCGUGGACUUCAUUACUUACAUUGUUACCUUAAUCUGUUUAAUUAUCCCGUGUUUUGGAUCUGCUAUGUAACUUUAAACUGUAUUCUUCAUUCUCCCAAACAAUACGAAAAGGGCAUUACACAGUUAAUACUUAAUGUAUGUAUUUGUUUGGUGAAAGCUCUCUCCUGAAUAUCCAUACAUAAAGCAAUGUAAUUUGAAUAUGCUUACUUUCAUCUACUCCAAACACAUUUAUUGUUCUUUUACCUUGACAUCUUACCUGGUUUUCAUGUAUUAUACAUGAAACACAUGUAUAAGCAAAUAAAUAAAUAGGUCAUCUUUAA